CGGUCGCACUGUGUCGCAAAAAGCCAUCCAAUUCUACGUUAAGGGGGUUGUUUCCGAUUCAAGAGGGAAUCUCGCGAGUAAUGUACGGAGUGAUCCAGCGGGAUUAAACUAUACGUCCAAGAAACUGCAACCUAAGCAAGAAUUACAGCAGGAGCACUGCCCUCCACUGAUAUAAGUGCGCGCGUUUAGAGAGAGAGAGAGAGAGUUGUAAGCGAUACCUUGGCUGUAACUGUUGCAAAUAUGGUCGCAUGAUCAAUGCUCCUAUGUAUUUAAAAUUGUUUCAGUUUCUCUGGCAAACAAUCCACCAGUGGUAACCUAGGGUUUAGGGUUUUUGCGGUGGAGCGAAAUAAAAAGGAAUGCUAUACAUUAUUGGGCUUGGACUGGGGGACGAGAAGGAUAUUACUUUGAAGGGCCUUGAAGCUGUGAAAAAAUGUGAGAGAGUAUAUAUUGAGGCCUACACUUCCUUGCUUUCCUUUGGCCUCUCCUCUAAUGGCCUUUCAACAUUGGAGGAAUUGUAUGGGAAGCCACUUAUUGUUGCAGACAGAGAGAUGGUGGAGGAAAGGGUAGAUGAUAUGCUUUACGAAGCUCGUGAAUUUGAUGUAGCUUUCCUAGUGGUUGGGGAUCCCUUUGGAGCAACUACACAUACUGAUCUGGUUGUCCGGGCCAAAAAAUUGGGGGUGGAAGUCAAGGUGAUACACAAUGCCUCUGUAGUCAAUGCAAUUGGGGUUUGUGGAUUGCAACUUUAUCGCUAUGGAGAAAUUGUCUCCGUACCAUUCUUCACCGAGACAUGGAGACCAGACAGUUUUUAUGAGAAAAUAUGUUCAAAUCGUCUUCAUGGGUUGCAUACUCUUUGCUUACUAGAUAUACGUGUCAAGGAACCAUCAAUAGAAUCAUUGUGCCGAGGAAAGAAAUGCUACGAGCCUCCGAAGUUUAUGACAAUACAAAAUGCCAUUGAACAGCUUUUGGAGGUUGAACAAAUGCGAGGAGAAUCUGUCCUUGUCAGGUUCAUGCACAUCUCUUCAUUUAUGCAUCCUAGUUGGGGAAAAUAUACCAUACAUCGGCAUGGUGUAUGCCUGUAUGGUACACCUCGGGAUUGUCCAAUAGCCUUCAAGAUGAUGACUUUGGGGUUUAACCUUGGUUCCUGUUGAUGGAGAUUCACCUGGAUAUGGUUCAUCUCUGCCAUCUGCCAAUCAGGACAGACAGAGGAUGUCUUUUGGUGUACCAUAUGCCAUGCUGGUCUAUAGUAUAUUUUUGCUUAAAGAAAGUUUUGAUUUAAUCCAUAUAGUUAUGAUGGAUCAGUUGUGUUUCACUUUAAAAAAAAGGAAAGGAAAAAGGAAAAUAAUGCUUGCAAUUGAUUGAAGAAGAAAGGGGGUUUGUUGAAUUAAGGUGAAUUCACUGGGGGUACUAGGAUUGUCAAAUACAGGAACCUGUGAUAUGCCAAAUAUUGGGAGUUAAUGUUAAAGGAUGAGAAAUAUGGAAUUGGUGAUCCAAGGAUUACCUGUCUAGUGCACAUGCAUUUGUAUAACAUGUUGAUUUCUAUGAUUAUGUGGGUUUCUCUGGAGUUCUUUCAGAUAACCCUCUGUUCCCUUCUGAACUCUAAUUAUAAUAAGAGGAUAAUAUGUGAAUGCAGAUUUUUAUGCAUUUUAGUGAUGUGGAUAGAUUUCGGUUAUGUCGUUGUUGCAGAUCAUGUAAAGAAUGUAAUGAUUCAUUAGAGUAUAUGUAAUAAACUUAUAACAUGUUUUUCUAUAUGGAUUUUUUUAGGCAUCAUUUUGUGGGUAGUUUUUUGUGCUUUGAGCUGAAGCACUUGAGAGGAUGAUGAAUCUCUCUCAAUAUUUUAUUGAGUGGAUUUUAUACUUUUCAUGUUUUCGUAGCUUUUUAUUCUUAAAGCAUGU